AUGUUUCACUGUGUUUCUAUUUUUCGAGCUGAACAUAAAUCUCGGCGUUGCUCCGUCACGCUGCUGGAACUCACUUUCCGACUACUCCACGUUUCCAGGGAACCACUCGGACUUCAUUCUCCGCAUCCGAUGAUCAUCGAUAUCAACCUCCGAGCUCCGAGCAUUAAUAGUCGGUGUAGACAGCUUUGUUCUUUAUUUCAAACUCUUCCAAUCGCUUUGACUUUUAUCUUUGUGUCUUUCUCUUCACGACCGGAAACGACUUGCCAUUUUCUUUCUCAAUUACGUUUCUCCCUCUAUCCCUAUAGAUCCUACACAAUGUCCGCCCACAGAAUGAAGAUCGGCUGUGCUGGUCUGGGUCGUAUGGGCAAACGCCAUGCCCUGAACUUCCUCGAGCGUACGCCCCGAGCAGAAUUGGUUGCUGCUAGCUCGCCUGAUCCUGCCGAGCUCGAAUGGGCCAAAACACACCUGGAACCCUUCGGCGUGCGGCUAUAUCAGAACUACGACGACAUGCUGAAGCAGGAAGGCCUUGAAGCUGUGGUGGUUGCAUCGGCGACUGCAGUGCAUGCCGAGCAGGCAAUUAAAGCGAUCAAUGCCGACAAGCAUGUUCUUUGUGAGAAGCCGCUGUCGACUAGUGUUGAGGUGUCCCAAUCCGUCGUGGACGCAGCUUCCAAAAAGCCCCAUCUCAAAGUAAUGUGCGGAUUCUCACGCCGCUUCGACAAAUCCUACCGCGACGCAUACACCAAAAUGCUCGACGGCGCAAUUGGUUCUCCCUCCGUUCUGCGCAGCCAAACAUGCGACAAACUCGAUCCCUCCGGCUUUUUCGUCGCCUACGCCCAAUUCUCCGGCGGUAUCUUCGUAGACUGCUCCAUCCACGACAUCGACCUAGCCCUCUGGUUCUUCGGCGCCGGCAGCAAAGUCAAAUCCGUCUCCGCGGUAGGAAUCACCGCCGUCGAGCCAGAUCUCCGAAAACACAAUGACCGCGACAAUGCAGUCGGUCUGGUCGAAUUCUACGAUGGUCGGAUUGCUUACUUUUACGCAUCGCGCAUGAUGGCCGCUGGCCAGGAAGAUACGACUGAAAUCAUCGGGACAAAGGGUAAAGUCACGGUGAAUACGCAGCCGGCGAUGAAUCAUGUGCAUGUGUUCGAUGAUAGUGGUGUGAGGAGGGAGAUUCCGCAGACUUAUUAUGAUCGGUUUGAGUAUGCCUUUGUGACGGAGGCGAAUGAGUUUACGGCUUCGGUUUUGGAUAGGACGGCGUUGCCGUUGGAUUUGGGGGCUGCUGUGCAGGCUGUGAGGAUUGGGGCUGCGUUGCAGGAGGCGUUGGUUUCGGGGAAGAAGAUCUUUUUUGAUGAACAGGGGGAGCGGACGGAGGUUGCCAGGUUGUAAGCACAAGGGGAUUUUGAUGGAUGUAUCGGUUGAG